GUCAUGAAUUUGUUUAUUAAUAAUAAAUACAUUUUAUAAUAAUUUUUUAUAUUAUUAAUAAUAAACAAAUUGAACGCUGACAUUGACUGGCAUCCUAUCUACAAUGUAUUCCCAUCUCAUGGUCAGUGUUUCUGGAAUAGGCUGGAAUCCACUGUGACUCUGACCAGCAUAAAGUGGUUACUGAAAUGAGUGAAUAGUAAACAAAUUUAUGAAUAAUAGUUUUCUAAUGCAAUAAUACUUUACUGCUGGCAGUUUGUGUGCAAACCUACAGUCCCCUCUGGAAGUAUUGGAACAGCAAGGCCAAUUCCAUUGUUUUUGCUAUACACUGAAGGCAUUUGGGUUUGAGAUCAAAAGAUAAAUAUGAGAAAAUAGAUCAGAAUUUCAGUUUCAUUUCCUGACAUUUACAUCUAGAUGUGUUCAACAACUUAGAACAUGGCAUCUUUUUUUUUGAACUCACCCAAGUGAUCAAAUAUAUUGGAGCAUAUGACUGACAGUUGCCCAGGUGUGCCCUGUUAGAUUGAUUGUUUAAACACUUAAUAGCUCUGAAUGUCUAUGCUUGGUUUGAUCCCUGGGUUUCACCUGAAACUGAAGACUGCAUUUGUUGUUAAAAAGGAUAAACCAGUGUGAAGAGCAGAGAGCUGUCUAUGGGAGAAAAGCCAGCAUUUUUGAAGCUGAGAAAAGAGGGAAAAUUGAUCAGAGCCAUUACACAAGCAUUGGGCGUAGCCAAUGCAACAAUUUGGAAUGUCAGAAGACAUCUUCAGAUGUUUCGUACAAUUGCAAUUAUUUGUGAAAUUAAAAUGACAGUAAGCUGGCCAAUUUCAAUUAAUUGUCUCAAUACUCUCUCCAUUUUUCAAAUAGUUGAUGACCUGGGACGCAAAAGCCUGGACUCUGGCACAGUCCUUUAGAAACUGGAGUCAGUAUGGAGGACUCUAUCGAGGUCAUGCUCCAGGAACGGAACUCUAAAUUACUCUAUCGUUAUCGGGACAACCGAGUCCUUACCUUUGCGGCAGGAGCCAUCUUCUCUGGACUCUAUGGCCUCUGGGCCAUGUUCUGCCUGCCUGGGUUGAAAGUGCCAUUUCGGCUAAAGGUGCCAUUCUUGCCAUCCUCCAAAGAUCAGACUGAGAAUGUGAUGAAGUUGCUUGAAGGGAGACGAGGUCGGUUGGCUGAUCUGGGCUCGGGAGAUGGACGACUGGUGUUUGCAGCAUGCUCUGCAGGAUUUCAGUGCACAGGCUUUGAGAUCAACUCCAUGCUGUUAGCCUACUCUCGAAGCCAAGCAUGGUGGAGGGGGAUACCACACACUCAUGCCACAUUUGUUAAGCAGGAUUUCUGGAAGACUGACCUGUCAAAAUACACAAACGUGGUUGCGUUCCUGGCCCCUGGUGUGAUGGCCGAUCUGGAGGAGAAACUCCUGAAGGAGCUUCCUGAUGAUGCCCGGGUCGUGGUGUGUCGCUUCCCAUUUCCACACUGGCCCCACAGCUGCACUAGUGGCUCUGGACUGGACCAAGUCUGGGCUUAUAAUGUCUCCAGUGUGCGAGAGACAAGAGACACGACUUCCUCUUUGAAAACACAUCCCUAAGCCAGCUGACUGAUUUAAAGGUUCUUCUGAGAUGUGUUUGUUCAGUAAUGUUGUGUUCAUAACGAAGCUCAUAACAAACAGUGUGCCUCUUGUUAUGAUCAUGUGAUUUUCUUGGUCAUAAACAUUUUUUUUAUUAGAUCACCUUCAUCUCCCGCUAGCCAUAAAAAGGAUUUCAUUCUUUAGCAUUAAAGGAAUAAAAUGAUAAGAUAAGAAGGCAGAGCUUUCAUUCUCUUGAGCCAGGGUUUAGACAAAAGCUCAGCUGACAUCAUCUCAGUGACUUGAUAUGAUUGCAAGAGUCAUUAACUGACAUAAACACACUCAUCCAAUGACUCAUGAUAUAUAACAUGAUAUAUAAUGAUUGACUCAUAAAGAAAACACACUCACAGACAUAUAAUUUUCCCACUGCUUAUUUGAGAACAACCGUGCAUUUUUUUUUUUAGGUUCCAGUUUGAGCCCAGCAGUGGUUUUGACAGUCCUAGGAUUCUAACCUUUGUGGUCACUAACACAAAAUCAUGUUACAAUCACGUGUUAUAACUGUGAUUCCUCCAUCCAAUAGUUUACCUAUUUACAGUCUGCUGAAGAAGCUUCAGAGGUGUUUAUAAUAGCUAAUUAAGCCUCACUGAUUACAACAGCAGAUAAAAAUAGAGACAGAAAAUAAAGCAACACAUGGUGGUGUGCUAUUUUUAAUUCGUUAAAAUGUUGCUGUUGUGAUUUUAAUGACAGUUAAGCUCAAAGCUAAGUGUUUCACUCGCAUGAAAAACAAUGCCUUGUGAAAGUCUGGAAUGAAUAAUGUGAAUCAUCUACAGCAAAAUGUUUGUCAGUGUAACUGACAGUAGUUAAGUGCUUAAAGAAAAGGGAAUUUUAUCUUCAUUUCUAAAAGAUGAUGUAAGUAAUUACCCUUUAGUGCACAAAGUAGGGUCAUGUAAAAAUUGCCUUGUGUUUGACAUUCAAGCUUAAGGUAGUGCCAUACUUGACUAAGAAAUGAUGACUGAAAAGGAGUUUUUACAAUAAUAGGGUAGUUCCUUAUUGUAUUAUAGAACAUAAUUUAUUAUUAUCUGAUAAAUAAAUCAGUACUAUGGUCUACAUUGCUAGUGUGGUCUGUAUCAAUCUGAUCUGAUAAUAUUACAUUGAUUUCAAAUGUGUCUUAUCGUUAUCUGCAGUAGAGCAGUAUGCAGUGUUUGCAAUUGAAAAGUAGUGUUGUACAUUGCAUCAUGCUGUAAAAAAAAUUUUUUUUUUUUUUUUUUUUUUUAUAUACACAGUAAUUGUAUUUUCAUUGUAUAGGCCAGUGGUUCUCAUAGUAGGAUUGAGGCAUCCCCAGGGGUCCAUGAAGCAUAGCCAGGAAGUCCCUGAUUUAUUUUUUAUAUUUUGUUUCUUAU